AUGGCCAAAGCCAUGAUUUUUUCCCUUCUUGCCUCCUUGUUGCUCUUCUGUCAGGCUGCCCCAGUGAAUCUUCAUGGUGGUUCGGAUACACAUUGCCCCCUGACAGUGAAGAUGUUGGAUGCAGUGAAAGGCAUACCUAUAGGAGGCGUGGCACUCCAGGUCUUUCGCCAAGGUGCUGACGGGACAUGGGGAAAGGUUGCCCAUGGGAAUACAGAUACAGCAGGUGAGGUUCAUGAGCUUAUCACAGACCAGGACUUUAUACCUGGCAUAUACCGCGUGGUGUUUGACACCAAGGCCUACUGGAAGGCCGAAGGUCGCACACCUUUCUACGAGUUUGCUGAUGUGGUGUUCGAGGCACACGCCGAAGAACAUCGCCACUACACCCUUGCCCUGCUCAUCAGCCCCUUCUCCCACACCAUGACAGCUGUAGUGUCCAAAGUGCAUGACUAAAGACACAAAUGUCUCACAGGUAGUCAAAUAAAAACACACCACCAAAAGAUC